CAGUCGAAGUCUAGAAGUUAUACAAAUAAUAUCAAUAAUUAUUUGGAGCGCCCAUCAUCAAGGAAAAUGCCUGGGGCACCACAAUGUUCCCGCUCGUACCCCUCUUUCUUGCUAUUAAGUGACGUCACGGUGGCAUAGAGCUCUUAUCAACGCCAGCGAUAAGAAUGCGACAAAUGACGUCAAAAACAGUAGAGAACACGAAAUGAUUUAAUUAAAAGCCAGCAAGAUAGAUGGUUAGAUAGCGGAUUGUGGAACCGUUGUGCGAACAGAGAUAGCAAUCCAAUAAGUAGACCCCCGUUUGGUGGCCAUUGGAACAGUUGUUCGACGACAUGUCCGCCGUUUGGAUGGGCGUCUUCAAGGUGGCCCUGAUAGUGGGCGUUACCUCGCUGGUGGUCAGGCGCGAUUUGUCCUUACACCAAAGAACGCUUACAGUAGAAGAGGUGUACAAGGACCGCGACCAGUUCGCUGCCUUGGUGCGCGAGGUGGCCGCACCGGACGUGGGUCGCAUGGGCAUCGAGAUUCUCUCGUUUACGAUCAAGGACGUCUACGAUGAUGUGCAGUACCUGGCCUCGUUGGGCAAGGCCCAGACCGCCGUGGUCAAGCGGGAUGCCGAUGCCGGCGUGGCGGAGGCCAAUCGAGAUGCCGGAAUCCGGGAGGCGGAGUGCGAGAAGAGCGCCAUGGACGUGAAAUACUCGACGGACACGAAGAUCGAGGACAACACCAGGAUGUACAAGCUGCAGAAGGCCAAUUUCGAUCAGGAGAUCAACACGGCCAAGGCCGAAUCGCAGCUGGCCUACGAACUGCAGGCAGCCAAGAUCCGCCAGCGCAUCCGUAACGAGGAGAUCCAGAUCGAGGUGGUGGAGCGACGCAAGCAGAUCGAGAUCGAGUCGCAGGAAGUGCAGCGCAAGGAUCGCGAGCUCACUGGCACAGUCAAGCUGCCCGCCGAGGCCGAGGCCUUCCGCCUCCAGACCCUUGCGCAGGCCAAGCAAUGUCAGACCAUCGAGGGUGCCCGUGCCGAGGCGGAGCGCAUACGCAAGAUCGGAUCGGCGGAGGCCCAUGCCAUUGAGUUGGUGGGCAAGGCGGAGGCGGAACGCAUGCGGAUGAAGGCCCAUGUGUACAAGCAGUACGGCGAUGCAGCAAUCAUGAACAUUGUACUCGAAUCACUGCCCAAGAUUGCCGCUGAGGUGGCUGCACCACUGGCCAAAACCGAUGAGAUUGUCCUGAUUGGCGGCAACGAUAAUAUAACCAACGACGUGACCCGCUUGGUGGCCCAGCUACCGCCAUCGAUCAACGCCCUGACCGGAGUGGAUCUGUCCAAGGUUCUGUCCAAGAUACCGGGGGCCAAGGCGUGAAACCUAAUGGAAUGGGAUAUCCAGGAAAUGGCAAUGACAACGUAACGCAGCGCAAAGGAAUUGUAACCGAUACAAAAACCAGAUAAGGAUAGACAACCGAAUUGAGAAAGAGACGACAGGAAGCGACAAAACAAGAUGGCGAUAGUUUGCUAGAGAGGGGACGUGCAUUUGUUAGAGAGAGAAAGAGGGAAACAGCGAAACGAACUUGAAAGACUCAAGUUUCGAAAUGAAAUCGAACGUAGCUAAAUGUACUCCGAUAUUAUAAUAUAUUUAUAUAUAAUAUAUAUAUAUAUAAAUAUAUAUAUAUUUGUAUAUGUAUAUGCACACAUGCAAUACACACAUACACUUGUCUCGUCUGUGUGGUGUGCUAGUGUGUGUGUGUGAUGUUUGGCGGCGUAACAAUCAAAAACAGAACACAAAAACAACCAACGUUAAUCUCAGCUAAAGUUAUGCAUUUCGUACGCAACAUUUUGUGGCCUUUUCUCUCGAAAACGAAAAACCGAUAACGAUAACAAGAAAUCAACGUGAAAUUUGUAUAACUUUAAAACGAAAACCAUUUAAACAGAGUGUUAGCUAUUUAUUUACUAUGCUAUAUAUACUAUAUACAUGCAGACUUGCUAUACACAAAGAGCUCUUUCAUUAAACACAUAGAAUUAUAUACCAGACAGUGUUGUACAGGCAUAUAUGUAUAAUUUUACAGUUUUGUAGAGAUCUGUAUAAGUAGUCUCUCUCCAUCUUCUUCUUAUACAAUUUCUAUCUGCUUAUGGAAUUUCCAUCAGUCCAAACUACAACUACUGCCUAUCGUCUAAAGCCAAAACUUUAAGCUAGUAAGCCAAAUGGAAAGAGAGGGAGAUUGCUUUUCGAGGCGACAGAUCGAGCUACUAACCACAAAAAGCUUACAUACUUCCAGGCAAAUAAAUUAUCCAUUAUUAUGUUUUUAA